UAAACUUCACAUUAGCUUUGAUUAUACUAAACAAGGACAUUGAUACUACGCGAGGCAUGCUGUAUCCGCGUGAGUCAGAGACGCGAGAGGUGCGUGCCCUGGACGGUAUCUGGAACUUUGUGCGCUCGGACGAGGCAAACCCUACGCAGGGUAUACGUGAUGGUUGGUUCAAUGAUGACUUGAGCAAAAGCAGGCCAACCAUUCCUAUGCCAGUGCCGGCAUCGUACAACGAUAUCACAACAGAACAGGCUUUGCGUGACCAUGUCGGCACAGUUUGGUACGAUCGAAAGUUUUUCGUUCCGCGGUCCUGGGGCCAGCACCAGCGAGUGUGGCUGCGCUUUGGCAGUGUCCAUUAUGAGGCCUUUGUUUGGAUCAACGGCCAGUCGGCCAUAAAGCAUGAGUUGGGACAUUUACCCUUUGAGACGGAAGUCACACAUUUGCUUAAAUAUGGUGCAGAAAAUCGCAUCACCGUUAUGUGUGACAAUGCGUUGAUACAGACGACGGUGCCGCAGGGAAAAAUCUCCGAGGUGGCUAACGAUGACGGCGUCACCAUCAUACAAAGCUACACAUUUGACUUCUUCAAUUAUGCGGGCAUCCACCGUUCCGUGCAUCUGUACACGACACCCAAAACAUUCAUAGAGGAGGUGGAGAUCAAGACGAAUCUGUCCGAAGACAACAGCGUGGGCACCGUGAAUUACAGCAUUACCGUGAAUGGCACAGCCGCUAAUGAAGCGGACAAUGCUCUAUAUGCACGACUGCAGCUGUACAGCCGGGAGGGCGAACUAGUGGCCAAUGCCACCUCUAACAGCAAGCUCUUGGGUUCAUUGCAAAUUGAGAAAGCUAAGCCCUGGUGGCCGUAUCUAAUGCAUCCUCAUCCGGGAUACCUAUACGAGUUAGAGAUCAAACUCUAUGCAGCCAAGGAGCAGCUUCUAGAUGUCUACCGGUUAAAUGUGGGCCUUCGGACGCUUAGUUGGACCAACACUACAUUCCUUAUUAACGGCAAGCCUAUCUAUUUUCGCGGCUUUGGGCGCCAUGAGGAUGCCGAUGUGCGUGGGAAGGGCCUGGAUAAUGCUUUGAUGACGCGUGACUUUAAUCUGCUGAAGUGGAUUGGGGCCAAUGCUUACCGCACAUCGCAUUAUCCAUACUCGGAAGAGUCAAUGCAGUUUGCCGAUCAACAUGGCAUUAUGAUCAUCGACGAAUGCCCCAGCGUGGAUACAGAAAACUUUAAUCAAGCGUUGCUGGACAAACAUAAAUCCUCUCUGGAGCAGCUAGUACAUCGCGAUCGAAAUCAUCCCAGCGUUGUGAUGUGGUCCAUUGCCAAUGAGCCCCGCACAGGACAGCUAAAUGCCGACACAUAUUUCCAAUUUGUGGCCAACUACACACGAUCCUUGGAUAGCACGAGGCCAAUUACAGCGGCUAUCGCAGUGCCCUCGAAUGAUGACAAGGCGGGUCGCCACCUAGACAUAAUAAGCUUUAACCGCUAUAACGCCUGGUACAGCAACACUGGUCGCUUGGAUAUGGUCACACAGCGUGUCAUCAAUGAAGCAACCGCUUGGAACACAAAAUAUAACAAGCCUGUUAUCAUGGCGGAGUAUGGCGCCGACACGUUGGAGGGCCUACAUCUGCAACCCGCUUUUGUAUGGUCUGAAGAGUUCCAGACGCAGGUAUUCUCGCAGCAUUUUAAGGCUUUCGACACGUUGCGGCGCAAAAAGUGGUUCAUUGGCGAGUUCGUGUGGAACUUUGCCGAUUUCAAAACGGCUCAAUCUUAUACACGAGUCGGAGGAAACAAGAAGGGCGUCUUCACGCGUGCACGUCAGCCCAAAGCGGCGGCUCACCUCCUGCGCCAGCGAUAUUUUGCUCUCGGCCGCGAGGUGGAUCAGUGCAGCUUGCCAAGUGACCUGUUCACCUACAUUGCUGAUGUGGGUUCCAAUAUAAGUCAUGAUUCCAGUGAUUUAUAAAAUAAUAAUUAGAAGGUUUUCAUCUUCGACUGUGGAAUACUUAAUCUGACAACAACAUAACAGUACAAUAUUAUACACAUAAGUCCACGCGAAAGAAAAGUAUUGUAGAUAUUUAUACUGUUUUUAUAAUCAAUGUUUUACUAAAACUGACCACAAAUGCAUUUCAGUAGCUACACCUUCUACAAUGUUAUAUUCUUUUUAAAAUAAAGAGUUUUCGCCUUUGACUCAAAUUAAAUUUAAA